AUGGCCGAAGUAUCAAGCCCAGCUAGCUUCUCAAGCCUCCCGGUAGAGAUGAAAGCCAACAUCUUCGCCUCCAUACGCGACAAAGCCACCAAUGCAGCCGUUCGUCUCGUCAACCACGAAUGGCGAGACAUCAUCACGCCAAUAGCUUUUUCGAACCUUACGAUAGCGUCGGACAAUGUCACUCCAGAAAUGCUGAACACACUCCUCGAGCCCGGGAACGGCGUCAUACCCCACGUAAAGAGCCUUUACAUCGCCCGCAGCGGUACCGAGAUGCUGUACGACGCAUGCGAUUAUUCCACGGAGAUACUACUCAUGACAAUCAUCAACGAACUUCCCCAGGGGGCACUAUGCGCUCUAGCCGGGGAAGUCAGUUUGCCCACAGGCAUGAUGUUUCAUCUGCUGCAGAACCAGACGAAGAUAAAGCGGCUCGAUAUUCUUUUCAAUUUGGGGCUUGGUACUACCAACGUAAGCUACGCACACGGAGCUCACGAAUCGUGGAUAUCCUUUCGACUUGCAAGUAUCGAGUCGCUCACCGUGAUGCCCGAUGACAUGGGCAGCGAACAAUGCAAGGCGGCUGGACUACUCGUGCGCAGCGCUCCGCAUCUCAAAGAACUCAGGAUUGUGACACGUCCUGAUUGCCUCAGUCUAAUGGCGUAUCCUGACCGCCCAGAGGCACGACCAGACUGGGCCGUCUUUGGAGGGCCGUCUGAAAAUGGCAGUGCGCCUCCUCAACUCAAGUUAUCACGGAUGAGCCUGGAGCAGGUGGUCUUGGGGCGAAGGGCAGCAGCUCUAAUGCAGGGCAACGUCGACUUAUCCAAACUCAGAUGUCUUCAGCUUGUGGGUUGCGAGAGCAUCGUCGAUCUCAUGACAGUACUUGCGCCCGUUUGCAACCUCACUGAGUUGAACAUCACGAUGGCUCGGAAUUCUUCUCCAUUAGAACACACUAUACGGGCUGUCGAAGCACUCCUCAACUUCUUCAACAGCCUGGAAAAGCUUUGGCUCGACAUGGCAGACGGACGCAUGGUCGAUGUAUCUUAUAUCGCCCGCCACACCUCGCUCCGCCAACUCGGCAUAGACGGCCAGAUCACAGACCGCGUACCCUUCUACCCCCCGAAGGAUCUGGAAAAACUACUAAAAUCACUUCCCUAUCUCAAUGGCCUCGCCGUACACUUCCCCCGCCAAUCCCUCCACCCGAUCCGAGAUCCCAAUCCACUCUCUUAUCCAAUGCCAGACCGACCCGGCUCCGACAUGAUAUUCGACCAGAAGAGUUUUCUAACACAUAUCGCCUCACACCCCCAUCUGAAACACCUCCGCCUCCUAUCCCCACCAGAUAUCCACUAUACCCGCGACAACUUUCCUCUAGAUCGUGAGCCCUGUGCCGUCGACUUUGCUGCACUGGAUGAGAUGGUUAUGCAGUACUAUGCUGCACAGAUGCUGUAUUACCUAAGCAAACAUGCGCUCAAGUAG